AGGCCAAGAGGUAGCACCGGGUAGCGGUAGCACACCCUGGCCAGCCCGCCAAAGGUGGCAGAUAGUCGCUCAGCGGGCGACGGGAGACAGAGCGACAGCCUCGAAAGACCGAGGACUGCGAGGACUGUGAGGACUGUGAGAAAUCCGACGAGACGAGACUGAGGAGACUGAGGAAACUGAGGUUAAGACUCAGAGGAAAGAUCUCUCCCAAACACACGUACAUACACACAUACACACUCCUCAAGCUCAGAGACCCUCUUGAACAGCAGUUCGAGUGAAUGGAUGGAUGGAUAGAUAGAUAGAAAGAUAGAUGCCAGUGGAAUUACCAAACCAAACUCCAUUUCAUCCCACGAGUCCUUAAAGUUUACUGAUUGAUUGAUUGAUUCAUUCAUUCAUUCAUUGCUUCAUUUGUGCACGGAGCCCAAUCGGAUUACUCAAGCCAAGCCUCUGAUCGCCUCUUGGUUGGACAGUGUUUUUGGUGGACAGCAUUGAGUAUUCAUUCAUUUAUUGGUUGUUGGGACUGGUGGGCAGAAUUGUUCCCUCCUCAUGGCCCACACGCCCACUCGCGAUAUGGAAAGUGCCCUCUGCCAAUUCCUUCAAUCCCACAUCCCGGAUUUGACCAAGGACGAGAUUGACGAGAUUGUCGUCUCCUACGUGACGGGCAUCCUCGAAGAUCUGCUCACCUCCGAUUUGGAUGAGGAUGUCCUUGACGCACCCGCCUUGCACGAGAUGUUGACCGCUUACGUGCCACCCGCCCAGGCCAUCGGUCUCUCGGAUCUGACCCAAUGGAUCAUGAGCCAAGCACAAGCCUGGCAGGAUGAGGCCACCGAAAAACGCCGCCAGUCCUCGCUUCUCAACAUCCGAGCCGUCAUUCAAGAUACGGUCAAGACCGCCGUCCCCAAGCGGGAAGAGGAGCGCGAUGGGCCCCCAGAGGACAACCCCCAUGAUAAGAAAGUUCACCGAUUGCGGACCCGAUUGUCUGAGACCAGUGAUGGCAUGUCUGAAGGCAGCUUGGACGAUGAGGAGAUUCAGCAAACCGUCAACCAUUUGUUGGAGAUGUUCCCAUAUUCGUGCUCCUUGGAAGUCAACCAUUGCCUCCAGCUCAUGUCGGGCGACAUUGAGCGAACAGCUCAGCUCAUCAUGCAUCGCUAUGAAACGGGUCAAAACUUCAAAUCUUCUGACAGAAAAAUCUCGCGAGCCCAAAAAGCCGUGGCCGAUGAUAAGACCAUCAAGAGUCAGAUCUUGGGGCGAUAUGGAUUCGUGGACAAAGUGGUAGAUGCCCGUUACCAUCGGCCCAUCAUAAAGAAGACCGACGAGAAGAAACUCAUCCGUUAUCGGGAUGGCAAGAUCGUGAGCACCAAAGGCGAGCGAUUUACCCAAGUUUCGAAACAGGAGUCGGAGGAGAUGAAGAAAUCCAUUGUAAAUAUCGGAUUUUACCAAUGACGUUUAGCCCUCAAACGCUCGGACUUGAGAAUUGCAUGGACGGCACCCACCCAUUCGACCUAUUUGACCCAACAGCACGGCGGCUGGUCAACAUCACAUUCGCUUUCUAUUCGCAUUAUUUGCACCCUUUUUCAGUUCUUGGAACUCGCGGUUCCAAUUAGCUAACCAAGGUGGAUGAUCUGGAUUGGGUUCGGCGCCCUUUCCCGAUUGAUCUCUCCCUAACCCCCAACCCACCAUUUAUUUCGUCUUCGUUUUACUCGAAGCUUUAAAUUGUGUUAACUCCCUCUUAUUAAUUAGUUUGUCAGAAAACGAAAAAACCGAACACCCACUAUUUCUUCGAGUCUGGGCGUUCAUUAGAAUCUCUCAUUGUCUACUAAUCGUUGUAUUAUCGGUGUCGUUGUUAUAAACAAGACUUACAUGUUACAUUUAGAUAUACGCCUACCACACCUAGACUGCCUUGUAAGUUCAGUAUUCGUGAUUAGUGUCGCCAAAUAUAGUUUAUUGGUUCGUUUCUUA